ACGCCACCACAGAGUAAAAAUGUUUUACUUUCGAUCUGUGAAGAACAAAAAUCCUCUUUUCACUUAGGGUUUAUGAGAGAUUGGAAGCGUUUGGAAGUAGAGAAGACGAAUCCGGUGACAUUGUUGAUUGAAAUAGAGAUAGAAGACGAAUUCGCGAUUUCUUUCUCGUUCCAAUGAGGUAAAUUUAUGCUUGCGGUUUGAUUUGGUAACUUUUGGGGUUUAUUACGACAACAAGUUGUGGGUUUUACUGGGUCUGAGCAUGUGGGCAAAUGGGGAUGUUGUCGGAACCUUUUAGGGUUGAUUUGGGGAUUUCCUUUGGUCAAGAGAAGAAAAAAAUCGAGUUCACACUAGUCUCAAUUAAAAAAUCGAGUUCACACUAGUCUCAAAAUCGAGUCUCAAAAUGAUAUAGACUUGUCUAGUUUGUGUCGGCUUUUGUUUGUCUUUACUUACAUUGUUUAUGUCUAGAAAUUGCUUCUAUUCACAUUGUUAAAUCCGUUUGUUUUCUUUUCUUUUUGGUAUUUUGGUAGUCAGAAGAUUACGGUGAAGGUGAAAUGUCAUUAUUCUGGCUGCUUCAAGACAGAGGGUGGAGUGUUAAGCUACGGUGAUGGAAAAGUUGAUGUCUUGGAAGUGGAUUCUUUGACAAUCUUUGAAGAUGUUGCCAUGCAUUUGGUUGCAAAAGACAGUAAUCUCAUUGGGAAGAUGUGGUUCAAGCUACCUUUCGAGGACGUGUCAGAUAGGAUCCCUCUGUGGGAGAAUGUUGAGGAGAACAAGAAGAAGUUGGUUGCAAAAGCACGCUGGAUGGGAGAGGUUGACAUAUACUUUGAGAAGCCAAUUGAAUUUUCACUUAAUGAAGAAGUCACAGAACCUGCAAAUAAGGAAUCCACAGACACAACAACUGCUACAAAGAAAGCCUCAAAGGCAGCUGGUGUGAAGGUCAGAAAUAAGAGAAAAUUAGUUACCAAAGAGGUUGUGUGUCAAGAUGAAGACAGUGAUGGUCAGAGAUCAGACGCAGGUUUGUCUGAAUCAUCAGACUCUGAUAUGGAAGCUGACAUUGCUGAGGAAGAGGCUGUGAAUGUUGAGGAGGAAGAGAUUGCAGUGUUCAACAGUCACAAUUAUGAGGAAUAGAUUCCAGAUGAAGACGAAGUCUAUCCUGCAACUGAUGAUGAAUCUGGUGAUGAGGAAGCACAAGCAGAGAGGUUGGUUAAGAGGGGUUUACCAGAUGGUGUCUUCAGUUUAAGGCAGGUGUUUUGUAGUGGAAUUGACUUUAAGAAGAAUGUGGUCAAAUAUGUUUUGAAGACCAGAAGAACUGUUGUUUAUGAUAGAUGGGAAAAGGAGAGACUUGGUGCUAAAUGUAAAGGAAAAGGAUGUAGCUGGAAAAUUUAUUGUGCUAUAGAGAACCCGAUUGGAAAGUGGAUGGUGAAGACCUAUUUUCCUGACCAUCAAUGUCAUCCAACAGGUAGGUGUGAGAUUAUAAAGACUCCUGUUAUUGCUGAUUUGUUCUUGGAAGACAUUAGAAGAGAUCCAGAGAUGAGUGGUCCAGAGAUAAAGGAUGAGAUGAAGAGGAGAUACAACAUUAUCAUCUCACCAAACCAGGCUAAAGUUGCAAGAAGACGUGUAUUUGAUAAGCUGCAAGCUGAAUGCGAUAACCAGUUUGCAAGGUUAAGAGAUUAUGAGCAGCAACUACUUGAGUCCAAUUUGCAUACUACAGUGGAGAUUAAUACAACAACAAGAGCUGAUGGCAGUGAGGCAUUUCAUCAAAUGUACAUCUGCUUUGAAGCGUUGAGGACUGC